AUGAAGCGGAUCUUCGGGUUCGGGAGGAAGAAGAAGGGGCAGCCGCCGCCCGGCAGCGCCUCCCUUCCCUGCCCCGCUGGUGCCUACGAGCUUCGGCAGAAGGACCUGGGCAAACUACACCGUGCGGCCGCCAGCGGCGACUUGGCCCAGUUGCGACAGGGACUGAAGAAAUACGGCAUCGACGGGCGGGACAAGGCGGAGCGGACAGCUCUGCAUCUUGCUUGUGCAAAUGGCCAUGUGGAUAUAGUCAUGUGUCUGGUAGAAAACAAGUGUAAGCUAAAUCUUCUUGACAAUGAUAACAGAUCACCACUGAUGAAGGCAGUACAGUGCCAGCAAGAAAAAUGUGUGGCUAUUCUGCUGGAACAUGGUGCUGACCCAAAUCUGGCAGAUGCUGAUGGCAACACUGCCCUUCACCUGGCUGUCCUGUCUGGUAAUGCUACUGUAGCAGGGCUGUUACUUGAGCAUAAUGCCAGUAUUGAUGCCCAAAAUAAGGAGGGAUAUACCCCUCUUAUUCUUGCUGUCUCCGAACGUCAUGAAGAAAUAAUGGAGUUUCUCCUUAAAAAUGGAGCUGAUGUGCAUGCUCGAGAUCAAUGUGAAAGAACCCCACUUAUGACUGCUGCUUCUGGUGGAGAGCUUAGUCUCAUAAAGAUUCUUCUUCGGUAUGGUGCUGAUGUUUCCCAUAAAGACACUAAUGGAUGGACAGCUGAGGAUUAUGCUGUUAUUCAUGGAUAUUCUAGUCUUAGUAAACAACUGGCAGAAUAUGCAGACUGGGAAAACACAGGAGAAGCUUCUACAGGUGGUGGUGCACGAGGCAUCACAGCACUUGGCACUCCACACCGGGCUGCAGCUGCUGGCUUUACAUUGGGUGCACCUGCUGUGGACAGAGGAGGAAUGCAACAAUCUCCUAACCAGACAUCAAGAACAGAAAAAUCAAGGAAAGCAAUAGAUGACUUCUCCCAAGGAGACUCAAUAAGAAGCUCUGAGAAAGAGGGGAACGAUGACAGUUGGCAUACCUCUGACGAAGAGGAACUUGAUUUUACCCCCAAGAAGCUGCAGAAGCCAAACCUGACACUAUUAAUGAACGCUUCACAGCAGUUCAGGAAAAACAAUGAUGGUGGUGGUUCUAGAAUUGAAAGUCCUAAGUCGCCAAAGAAAAGUCUCAAACAAAGAAUCCCAUCAGGCACAAAUGUGAACAAAGGAGACAGUGAAGAAUUGUUUAAUCAAGAUGUCUUAGUUGCAGGCAACCUAGAUGAAGAAGAAUUGGAGGAGGAAGAGGAGGAGGAAGAGGAUGAACAUGACAGUGGAGAUGGUGAUGAAGAUUAUGAGGAGGAAGAGGAGGAGGAGGAGGAAGAGGAGGAGGAUGAAGACUUUACUGAAGAUGAAAAGGAGGAGGAAGAGCUGGAAGAUGAAGAAACUCAGUCUAAUGAAAUACUGGAAGAAGAGCAAACAGAAUCUAAAGGGGAAAUAAAUCAGAAAUUAGAGUAUUUCAGUAAAGUAAAGUAUGAGGGGGAUGCUCAUUGUGGAACUGGAGAUGUCUAUGAUGAUGAUGAAGUAACUAAAGAACAUGAUGAAAAAGUGAUGGAAUCUGUUGAUACUCCUGUGUCUUUCAUAGCUGGGUCCUGUGAAAUGUUUCAAGAAAAUAAAACAGCAGUGUCUCCUAAGAUCAUGAAUAAUGAAGUAUCUUGCAGGUCAGUACCAAAACAACCUGUCUUUCAAAAUCUAAAUAAUCUGCAGGAUAUGCAAGAAAGCUGGAACAGGAAAAGCAUGAUUGAGGAGACAUUUCACAGAAAGGCUGAAUCCUGUUUUGCAGACUCUGAAAUGACAGACUGGAAAAAAGAGAUACCUCAGCCUCUCUUAGAUAGUUGUGGUGUUAAGGAGAAAAAGUCAAACUUCAGUGAUAGCUUUGAAAGUUGCAAUAAUUCUUGGUUAGCAGAAAAAACUCCAGGACCUGAAAGUAAAAGACCAAGCUCUGUCAUACUUGAACAUGUGGAGAGUGAAGAUACUGAAGAAGAAUAUGAAGGAGUAGAUGACAAAGUCUGUAAACCACUGAAACAAGAAAGUGAAAACUUGCACUUAAAUAUGCAGGAAGAAAAUUUGAGAGCAGCAUUUCAUUCAAGCACCGAAGAAGAAUCCUCUGACCACAAAGAAGAGGAGGAGAAGAGAGCUGGCAAAAAGCUACAAACUACAGUUGUUGAGGAUGUGAAAAAUUCUGUUUGUGAUGAUAGUCAUGAAGUCCACAAAGCUUCAAAGGACAACUGUGGUGAGAGAAAUUACUUUGUAAAUCCUGAGCAAAGUGCCCUUCCAGCAGUGGGAGCGGAGCAAGAGGAAGAUGCUGAAUCUCCCUGGGAUUCAGAGGCAGAUUCUGAAAUGCCAAGAAGAGUAUCAUGUGGUGUGCUGCUGCCAGCUGCAGAGAGACAUGGACCAUGCUCCCAGCUUGUUUCAGGGGAAAGUGACAAUGACUUUUUGGAGAAACUCAACAAUUCACAGCUGAAGCAUCCCAUAUCUGCUUUGAAAGUGAAUGAAACUUCUCCUAAAAACAGGCAGCAGAAAUCAGAUCUGUUGCAGAAAUUUGAUAUGGAAGAUGUCGAGGAUAUUGAAGGUGAGCACUCAGUAUCUUCGUUUCAUAUGUCAUCAGCAGCUGAAAAAGAAGAUGAUAAGGAUGCUAUUGGAAACUAUGGAGUAUGGGCUAAAUAUAUUUUAGAAACUGCCAACUUGAUAGAACAAGCAGCACAUGAAAAUCAGACUGACAAAGCAGAAGUUUCAUAUCAGAAAGCCCUGACAAAAAAUGAGGAAUCGCACAGUCCUCACAAGGAGUUAAAUCUAAAACCUUGGGAAGAAAGAUAUGAAAGAAUGUGGGUUGAAAAUGAGAAAAGGGAAUUGAAAACAAAUUUUAAAAACAUUACAGCAGAGCUGAAGCAGUUGUUCGGUGAAAAUGAAGCUGGGAAAACUGCUUCCCUUGUGGAAGAAAUACCAGAAGAUGGCUUUGGUGAAGAAUUGAAGACUUCUCACAUUAUUUCAUCUUCUGUGACUGAAUCAAGUAAUAAGUUAGAAAGCCAAGGUGAAUUUGGAGAUAGUAAACUUACACUGGGUGGAAAAGUACCCAAAAUGGAAAUUGUACUUCCAAUUCUUCCUGAUCAUAAUAGCUUAAAGACAAAUGUAGAAGAUACCUGGAAUACAGAUGAAGAAGCUGGCAUUAACAGUGUAGAUAACAGAAAGGUGUCUCUAGCAAAAGAAGAGAAAAAGAAAAUGCCUACUAUGGAAACAGAAGGGUAUGGUAAUGGAAGUAGUAAAAAUGCAGAGGAAGGUCCUGCGUACUCCCUAAGACACAGCUUAAAAUCAAGUAUUUUGGGUGGAAUUUCUAAUAUUUUUCCUAAAAUAAGACCUGUUUGUACAAGUGAUGAAAAUGCACAUUCUGUAACAGAAAUUAAACUUAAAAAAUACUCUGGAUUUAAUGAUGAUGUUCCCAAGGACUACCUUUUCAACAGUAAUGCAGGAGAAACAGAAACUGAAAGUCCUUUCGCUAGUGCUCAGGAGUGGUGUGGCGUGCUGGAAAGGAGUCUUGAUGAAGAGCUAAAACGAGAUAUGGAAAGAUUUAAGAGUAAGGUUGGAAUGCUGCAAACAGUAUUCCUGGCUUUGGAGAAAGAGAAGGUACAGCUGCAAAAAGAGGUUGAGAAGGAAAAAAGCAAGGAAAGGUGUUUCAGUAUGCAGACAAUGGCAAAAGAGGAAAAUGUUGAUAAAGUAAAUACACCACCAGGCAGCAUUACUAAUCAGCAAAUGAAGGAAAAGCUUAUACGAAGCAAGGAUGACUGUCUGAAAAUGGAGGAUGAAAACCUUACAGAGGAAAAAGUCAGAAAGAAUUUUUCACCUGAGGAGAGGUCAGAAAUUAUUAAAAUGAAAGUUUAAACUAAAGACAUCAUCUCUAAUUCUGAUUCUGAAUUUGCCCUGAAUCCUGACAUUAUAAAGAAAAAUAAAGGAUGGACUUCAAAGCAGAAGGCUAAUCAGCAGAGGAGUUCUUCCAGUGGGAAUAAUUUUCAAGUACCAGAUGACAGCACUUUCAGUGAAACAUCUCAAGAGGAAGGAAGACCUGCAGCAAAAACAGCGAGUAAAAAGAAUAAGGUCAGCAUACAGAUGGAUGUAACUGAUGAUCUUGAUUUAACUCAUUCAUCUGAAACAACGUCAGAGGAUGUCAAAUUACCAACGUCCACCUACAAAGAGGCUCUGUUGCUCUUAGAACAGCUUACUGUGGAUCAUACAGGUUCUGCUAUUUUACUGAAAAUUCAAAACAUACUUCUUAAAUAUGAACAAAUAAUAGAACAUGAAAAAAAUCGGUACGCAGCGGUUUGGAGAGAAGUAAGAAAGUUAGAAAGUGAAAAGGAGGAAUCAAAACUAAUAGCAGAAGAGACUCAAGAUUUGAAAUCCAUAUUGGCUCAUCAAGAAGUGGAAUGGAAGAGUGAUAUCCAAAGCCUUAAGUUUACUUUGAAACAACAAGAAGAAGAGAGGCUCAGAGUAGAAACACUAUAUGAGAAAACAAGAGAAAAACUCAGAAGGAAAGAAGAGCAAUAUUGUAAAGAGAUGGAGGAGAAACAGCAGCUUGAGUUACAAUCAAGGAAUUUAGAAAUGGAGUUAGUAGCACUGAGAAAGCUCCUCAAACAGGUUGAAGACGAGCGUGAUGAAACACAGAGACAGCUAUCUCAGGAAAAGAGUGCCAGAGCCCUGCAAGAAGGCAUUUUGAACAACCACCUUUGGAGACAAAAGGAACUAGAAGAAGAAACAAGAAGAACUAUAGGAAAAAGUUCAGAUGAAUCCGACACAGAGAGAGAAAAGGAUCUGUUGUACAAAAAUCAGUUACUGCAAGAUGAGAUUGCCAUGCUAAGACUAGAACUUGAUCAAAUAAAACUUAGGCACCAGGAGGAAGAAGGAAAAUACUUAGAGGAAAAUGAGACCUUGAAAGAAAAAAAUGAAGAUCUCCAAAAAGAACUUAAGCUGAAUGAGGAGGCCUUAACACAAACAGUUUUUCAGUACAAUGGACAACUGAACUUACUCAAGACGGAAUCUGCAAUGCUAACUUCCAAACUUGAGCAGACAAAAGAAAGCAAAGACAGACUAGAAACAGAAAUUGAAUCAUUUCGUUCCCGCUUGAACACUACUGUUCAAGAACUUGAACGUCACCAGUCAUCAAAAAGCGAUGUCGAACGAACAUUUCAGAGAGAACGUGAUGAAUGGCUUCGCUUACAAGACAAGCUCCAUCAUGACCUCUCAGAUAUGCGAGAAACCAGCAAGAGCUUGUCUCAGCAGCUGAGUAAAGCUGAAAGCAAAGCUAACAGUCUAGAAAAUGAGCUUCACCAGUUAAAACAAACACUCAGAGAAAAAACAUUGUUUUUAGAAAUGACACAAAAAGAAUUAAGUCAAACCCAGUGUCAGGCAAAGGAAUACGAUCAUGCUCGACAACUUGAGAAAGACCAAGUAAACAAACUUACAAUAAAGCAGGAAUCCAUGCAGGAGCGGUUAGCCCAGCUCCAGAGUGAAAACCUUUUGCUUCGUCAGCAGCUGGAAGAUCUGCAGAACAAAGGGAUCAUCAAAGAAAAAGUAGUGAAUGAUGUGCAAGAUCGGUUUAAUGAUAUUUUCAACAAACUCAGAGCUGAUACUGAAAAGCAAGUUUACCUAGUGGAAGAGAGAAACAAGGAAUUAAAUGCCAAGUGUAUUGAUUUAAGAGAACAAGUCUUCAGAUAUGAGACUGACAAAAUAGAGAGAGAGGGUGUGAUCAGACAGCUGCAGCAGGAGCUUGCUGAUGCUCUGAAAAAGCAAUCCAUGUCAGAAGCUUCACUGGAAGUUACUACGCGCUACCGCAGUGACCUGGAGGAAGACAAGCUGCGCUUGCAGAAGGAAUUGGAAAAGGCUAAAACCAAGUUGCGGGAGGUGGAAGAAAAAUACCUAAAUUCUGAGCGUUGUGUUCGUGAUUUGAAGACUGCCUUGGAUGAUAAGGAAAGAGAAGCAACAGCUUCUGCCCAGAAACUGCAGGACCAGCUGUUGGCAUCUUCUGAGACUAACACUACUGUAAAACAACUGGAAGAACAUGUGCAACACCUUGAAAUUGAAAACACCAGAUUGGAAGCCACUGUCCAGCAACAAAGCAACAGGAUUGAAACCCUGCAGAGAGACCUGCAAGCCUCUGCCUCAGUUCAUAACCGGCUGGAAGACUUGAUAAUGAGCUUACAGACAGCACAGGCAGCUGCAGAGGACCACCACAAGCAGGUGCAAAAGCAGAAUAUGCUAUCUCUGACAUCAAAGGACUUGCAGAGCAUGUGGGAAGAGCAGUUUAAGUCAAGAUCCAACCUUGAAGAGCGUGUUGCUCAACUUGACAGGGAAAAGGCAGACCUCUUUGAACAGUGUGAAAGUGAAAGAAAGAAAGUGAAGAAACUGAUAGAGUUAAAACGCCCAGUUGAACUCCGUCUGGACCAAGAAAUGAGAAGAAACUUAGAAUUGCAGAAAGACUUUAAGAGGUUGAAGAGACUUCUCAGUAGAGCUACGAAGAAAAUAAGGGUAUAUGAGGAGAGAGAAAUGGAGUCCCAGCUUAAUUUGAAAGGAGAAAUGAAGAGCAGAUAUUCUGAAAUGGUCAGUGAAGUUGAUAGAUUGAGAACAAAGGUUGCUGAACUUUCCCAGCAGCUGGAUUUGGAGUCUAAAAAAAGCAUACAGCUAGAAGCACAAAACCAGGAGUUGCGAGAAGAGCUAUCUACCCUGCAUGGAAACUGUGAAAAACUGGAGAAGAGCAAAUGCCAGCUGAAAGAAGAGGUGGCAAAACUCCAACAUCACUUGGAGACUAACAUGGUGGAUCACAGCCAAAUAGAACAGUAUAAAAAAGAAGUUGAUGAACGAGCAGGCCAAGAAAUAAGACAAAAACUACAAGAAGUCAAUCUCUUUUUGCAAGCACAGGCAGCCUCCCAGGACAGACUAGAACACAUCAGAGCAAGUCAUCAUGCUUCUCUGAGAAACCAGCUAAAAGACAGAAUUAGAGAACUUGAAUGUGAGUUGGACAAGAUAAAAAAUACUCAAGACAGUACUUUUCCAAAAGAAUGUACACAGGCAGAAAUGGAAAAGUACAAGGAGCUGUAUCUGGAGGAAGUGAAAACUAGAAGAUGUCUAGCAAAGAAACUGGAAAGAGCUAACGAGAGACUUGAAGAAGCCAACGCUAAGCUCCUCCGGGAGCGCCACAAAAGCAAAUCGUUAAUCACAAGCAGCAUUGUCAGUGGAGGUCUGGCUGCAACUCCAGUUCUGUAUUCAACUGCACUGGGACAUCUUGGCAACCAUUUGGGACUGAACAGAAGUCUCAGUCUAGGAGAGAGCUUCCUCAGUCCAACUGAGAACACAUUAUCCUCAAGAAACAGGGUUGCAGCCUUUGUGGCCAAGGUACGUCAGGAACUGGAUGAAAAAAUCACUAAGGAACUAAAAGAAGCCACUGCUGAACUUGAAACUGGAUGUGCUGGAUCUUCAAAAAACCUUCAUGUGGACCAGGAUCCCCUUUGCAGAGCAAUAGAGGAGUACUGUGAUGUUUUAACCAAAAAUUACAUGAUUUGAAUGAAAUGCUGUGGAAAGGCUCUGGACAUUUUUUUGCUUUAAUACAGCAUCUAUGGUUUCCCUUCUCCCCAUUUCAGAUGUGGAAACUUAUUUUACUCUGAAUAUAAACUCUAAGUCUAUUAAAUGGAUGUCAAGCACAGUGCACUCAUCUGUUGGGUUUUUUCUGCAUAGCUAGCUUCUUUUACAGUCACAAUAAGAGCUACAUCCUUAUUUUUUUUCUGACCAGGAGAUUGACUGAUCUGGAUUCUUGAGCUUGACAAAACUGUCAGAAAUGUUUCCUCUUACAGUAGCUGUAUUAUUUUCCUCCACUCACGUUCUGUGAUUUUACAAAAGCAUUCCUUUUGUUCAGUUUAAUCCUUUCACUCCAUGUGUUUUUAAGUUCUCCAGUGUAAUUUCAAUGCUUAGGACGUUAUUUGAUGUGCUUUGAGCCCAGUGCUUCAGUCCUGAUGCAGUGACUAAUUUCUGCUAAGUAACUUAGAAUGGUCUUCAAGCUGGAGAAAAGGGCACUUUACAUUGUUGUCACUUGAUGCAAUAUAGGUUUAAAAAUACUGUGAGUGUGCAGUAGUGCCAAGACUUGUUUUAUGGUCUUUGAUAUUUUUAUUUUGUAUCACAGAAUAAUUGAG